AUGGCGGGGCCGGGUGGAGGGCGCAGCGCUGCGGGUCUCGCUCUGCGCCGCUGGCUGCAGCCGCUGGCCGGGGCGUCGCGCCCGGAGCCGGCCCGGCAGGGUCGAGCCAGCGCGGCCGGAGCAGCCGCUGCGGUGCCGGGCGAGCAGCAGCUGAAGGGCCCCGAGGAGCUACCGGGACCGGGGCUGCUCCGCUCCCUCUAUUGGGGAUUCGUGCGCGGCUACCUGCUGCACACGCACCAGCUGCAGGUGAUGUUCCGGAAGGAUUACGGCCCCAUGUGGAAAUCCACCUUUGGGAAGUACAAGAACGUGAACAUUGGGAGCCCGGAGCUCCUGGAGCAGCUGCUGAGGCAGGAGGGGAAAUACCCCAUGAGGAGUGACAUGGCCCUGUGGAAGGAGCAUCGGGAUACCAGGCAGCUGCCCUACGGCCCGUUCACCGAGGAAGGGGAACGCUGGUACCGCCUGCGCCAGGUCCUCAACCAGCGCAUGCUGAAGCCGUCGGAGGCCAUGCUGUACGCGGGGGCCAUCAACGAGGUGGUGUCGGACCUGAUGGCCCGGCUGCAGGCGGAGAGGGUGGGGAGCCCCUCGGGGGUCCUGGUAGAGGACGUGGCCAACCUGCUGUACAGAUUCGCCCUGGAAGGCAUCUCCUACAUCCUCUUUGAGACCCGCAUCGGGUGCCUGGAGCGGGAGAUCCCUGCAGAGACGCGGCGCUUCAUCGACGCCAUCGGCCUCAUGCUGAAGAAUUCCGUCUACGCCACCGUCAUGCCGCAGUGGAGCCGGAAGCUGCUGCCCUUCUGGAGGCGCUACCUGGAGAACUGGGACACCAUCUUUGCCUUCGGCAAGAAGCUGAUUGACAGGAAGAUGGAGGAGCUGGAGGGGCAUCUGGAGCGAGGCGAGCAGGUGUCGGGCUACCUGAGUUACCUGCUGGCCAGCGGCAGGCUGACGCCAGAGGAGGUGUACGGCAGCGUGGCAGAGCUGCUGCUGGCCGGCGUGGACACGACUUCCAACACCUUGUCCUGGGCCCUCUACCACCUGGCCAGGGCCCCAGAGAUCCAGAUCUCCCUGUACCAGGAGGUGAACAGUGUCGUGCCCAGGGAGCAAAUCCCCAGCGCCGAGGACCUGGCCAAGAUGCCGCUGCUUCGGGCCAUUAUCAAGGAAACACUCAGGCUGUACCCCGUGGUCCCCACCAAUGCCAGGGUCAUUGUGGAGAACGAUGUGGUCAUUGGAGGCUAUCACUUCCCGAAGAACACUCUCUUCGUCCUGGCUCACUACGCGAUGGCGCACGACCAGAGCAGCUUCCCGGAGCCCGAGCGCUUCCUGCCCCAGCGCUGGCUCCGGGGCCACGGCUCGGCCCACCACCCCUUCAGCUCCAUCCCCUUCGGCUACGGGGUCCGCGGCUGCCUGGGCCGGCGCAUCGCCGAGCUGGAGAUGCACCUGGCUCUGGCCAGGAUCGCCCGGACGUUCGAGCUGCGGCCAGACCCCCAGGGCACGGAGGUGACGUCUGUCUCUCGCAUUGUCCUGGUGCCCAACAAGCCCAUCAACCUGCAGUUCAUUGCCCGGCAGCCGGGCCCCUGAGCGCGCCCCCCCCGCAUUGCACCUCCCACGCUCUGGCCAGGGCACCGUGUGAGUCCUCCCCUUGCCUGGGCCUUCCGGGCAGGACAGGUCUGCCCUGGGCCCAGCUUGCUCCCCGUCAGGCCCGGGUGAUGGCAGGUGCCCACAGGUCAGGCUGGCGGAGGUGGGGCAGCCGUGGGGUCUCAGUGUUGCUGGAAUCAGGGGGUGUUCCUGGGCCCGUUGCUCUCCAGUGUUACGGGGUGUUGAACAGGGUCUGGGGUUUGCCUGCGUGGCACCGGGCACCCUGGCCAACACCCCGGUCGCCUCUCACUGACGAGCCAGGAGCAGCGGCGCCAGGCCCGGCAUGGGCAGGGUUAAGUCAGGCAUGACUGGGACCAGGAAGGAAAAGGCACCGGGGGUGACUCUCGGCUGACCCCGAGGAGUGGUCAGUGGAGAGCGGCUGUCAGCCCGGGGGGGCUGGAAUACGCCUGGCGCUGGCAGAGGCAGCCAUGGCCACUGGGUCCCUCUGCUCAGCGUGACGAAGGCCGGGGGCCUCCAGUCUCCUUUGGAGGACUCAGCUGGCAGCGAUGGGGGGCCUACCCCCCCUCAAUGCUCUGUCUGCCCAUUAGGCCUAACUGCCCCACACCAAAUAUCUGGCCCCCUCAGGGUGUGUUCACCAGGCCUGAGCUCCCCCGGCCCAGCGGUCCCAGCAGGAGGCAGUUUGCAGGGACUAGUCUGGCCCGUCUUCCUGUGCCCAGCAAGGGCUGAGCUUGCACUGGGGGUAUGUCGGUGGGCCUGGUCAGCACCCCAGCUCCCAGGGAUGGGUCAGGGCCUCCUGCUUCGGGAUG